UUGGGAAAGAAUCAUCAUUUUCAUAUAUUUUUAUUUCGUAUACAUAAACUUUUUUUUUUUUUUCUAAUAUAUAUCAUUGUUCUGCACCACUCUAGUGAUGGAUGAAUAGGGUCAGAUAUUUGUAUUCAUAUGGAUCCUCUUCGUAAUCUAUUUAUUUAUUACGAGUUUAUAUAAUAACCUUUACUCGUUCUUGUUGUCUUCUCAUCUCUUAGUCUUUAUUGUUUCUCCCCAAAUUUUCUUCUUCUUUCCUUUUGAUCAAGAAAAGAAAAAAGAAAGAAUGUGGAACCUUAACGACUCACCGGAUCAUCACGAUGAACAAGACAGCAGAGGGAAUCGGCUCGGACACGUGUCAAACUACGUGAGCCAAUCUACCACGUGGCUACCGUCUGUGCCUCCGGUGACCCGGAAUUUCUUCCCGAGUCAAGUCAUGGAACCAGGAGUUCGAGAGAUGUUUGGUUCCGGUUUCAACAACAUAAACCAAAGUGUCGGUAAGUCGGAUCCAAGUGGGUCGGGUCGACGACCAGAAGAGCCGGCGCCGGAGAUAUCCCCGCCGUUAAAGAAGAGCCGACGCGGUCCUCGGUCACGUAGCUCUCAGUACAGAGGAGUUACGUUUUACCGACGAACCGGAAGAUGGGAGUCACAUAUUUGGGACUGUGGGAAGCAAGUGUACCUAGGUGGAUUUGACACAGCACAUGCCGCUGCUCGUGCCUACGAUCGAGCGGCAAUUAAAUUUAGAGGUGCAGAUGCAGAUAUUAAUUUCGACAUUGAAGACUACAUGGACGAUUUGAAACAGAUGGGAAAUUUGACAAAGGAAGAGUUUAUGCAUGUUCUUAGAAGGCAAAGCACUGGGUUUCCAAGAGGCAGUUCUAAAUACAGAGGUGUUACUUUGCACAAAUGUGGUAGAUGGGAGUCUCGUUUGGGUCAAUUUCUCAACAAAAAGUACGUUUAUCUGGGUCUCUUUGAUACCGAGAUUGAAGCUGCAAGAGCUUAUGAUAAAGCCGCAAUAAAGUGUAACGGGAAAGAUGCAGUCACCAAUUUUGACCCUAAAGUAUACGAGGAAGAAGACCUUAUCCCAGAGAUGAAGUGGAAUGGUCAUAAUCUUGAUCUAAGUCUGGGAGAAUCAAACUUGGAAGAGUUAGGAUUCAAAUCCGAUAAUAGGACUAGAGAUGAGGAAAGAUCACUGGGGAGUGAUCUAUCGCUAGCCAUGACGACGACAGCAGUCAGAUCGGAAAAACAAUCAGACGGUGGAGGAAAACGAGCGGGAAUGGCAGCAGCAUCAUCAGGAUUCUCUCCUCACCCUUCUCCUUGGCACCACCACACUCCUAACAACUUCCACUUAUUUCGUCACUGAUUCAUUCAUCAUCUGAGCUUAGAGUGAAUCCAAAUAUGCUUUGGAUCAUUUGAAUUACCAUUUCUCGAGUUAUUUUUUUUUUGGCUCCGUCUAUGUGAGUAUAUAUGCUCUUGGGUCGAUAUAAGAGUUACUUCUUUCAAUAAUUUAAUCAGACAACAAAAGCUA